CAGAUGCUAAAGUAAGAUGAGAACGAAAGGGUCCUUUACAUUUUGAGUGCGUUUUCUUAUUCACUUGUCUCAUGGUUACCAAGGUAGCUGACGUCUUUUGCAGGCCUACCUUCACCUUUUAGAUUAUUUUCUAUUCUAUUCUAGGUAAACCAUUUUAUCAAGUUAAGUGAACAUGUUAAUGUUUUGAUUACUUAAAAAAUAAAACAUUCUAUUGGAUUAUAUUUCUAGACUAUAUUAAAUAUAUUCACGAUUUCAGUAGCCUAUGUUUGCCCCUCUGGAUUAUUGAAACAGGUCACAUUCACACCAUGCAGGAUAUAACAUGGAUAUAACAUUUUUCAUCUCCGUCUUCUCAUUAACUUCUGGAGUGGCAGGAAUAGAGGUUACGGAGCGGUCAGUAUGGUAAUGGCGAGGCAUGCGAGCACAAGAAAUCGUUGGGGACAAAAUAAACGUAUAUUUCAUCUGUGCUGUCACGCGGUCGCUCGCUUUGUACCCGUAGUGCACGUGUUUUGCCUGAAUAUUCAUAGUUUAGAGAAGUUACCUCAAAGGCAGGGUUUUGAUUGAAUCUGAUAGAGAGAAACAUAUUAGGCAGGAGACUCUUUUCGUGUGUGUGUGUGUGUGUGUGUGAGAGAGAGAGAGAGAGAGAGAGAGAGAGAGAGAGAGAGAGAGAGAGAGAGAGAGAGAGAGAGAGAGAGAGAGAGAGAGAGAUUUACACCUAACUGAAUUCUUCCAGUUGGAGCUCUUCUUUUCAGGCUGCAGUGGAAAAGACUCAUUAGUUCCCUAUAUGUACCCUGUAGAACCGAAUUUGUGUUAAUAGAUAACAAUCGCAAGUACGUCUCUACGGGAAUACAUGGGUUACUGAAAUCCCACGUAUGUCAAGAUAAUCGUCUGGUCAACCCUCGCUUCUAUCCAGUAGGUUAUAGAUGCAUGCAGUGUUAGCAGGAAUAACAGGGCACGAAUAGCAUACAUCUCAGAAGAAGUAUAUGUGCAGCAUACACAGUAUGUGUUCAACCUCCACAUAAGUAGCCUAGGCAUUGUCAGGACGUCCAUAGGCCUAUAUUGUGUACAGUAGGCUAUCUGGAAGCAAAGGGCUUCUACGAGUAUUCGGUCAGUACCAGUAAGCAUGUAAAAAAACAGCAAUCGUUUAAAGCGGACUGAUUUACUGCGUUUUACAGCCCUAUAAAACGCCUCAAACAUCGCUGCCAAAAGUAAUAGAAAUGGCGGGCGCGGUCUACACAUAAACAAACCAUAAACAUCUGCCCUGUUAUGUUAUUUUCACCUGCUCAUAUAAGACUAAAAGAAGGCCACUACCGCUACAUUAGAUGAUGAUUAACAGGUGAUUGACCUCGUAUUAUAACCCUUGUUAAUAUAAUCUUAUUAUAAUCCAUCCCUAGUAUGUAGUAGGUCCUACAUUUAUAAUAUAUUUAUUUUAUAUAAAUAUUUAAUAUUUAAAUAUGUAAUAUUAUUAUUAUUAACUCCAUUGACUCACAAAGGUCACAUUGAUUAUAUAGGUCUACAGUCCUGUGGUUUGUGGUGUCGUGCAUAAUUGAAGGCAUGGAAUUACAGCCACUGACAAAUUUAGCCAGCAGUUAAUGACAGUAUAAUAGUACCUGUAAAGCGUCUGUGGCAACGGACAGUCUACCAGACAUAACUGACAGCUUAUCUGCAAGGGUUUGUAAUGGACUUACUCCCCCAUCUAGGUUUAACAUCAAAUUAAUAACCAUACACGUGCACUUAGACAACCACUAGUGUUGAUGGAGAUAAACUUACGAUUGGUCAAAGUGUCCCUACGAGUCAUUUCAGGGCACGUAAAGCUGGUUUCAUCAACAUUGCAGCCUUAUAAAGAUUUGUAUUCAAAUGCAUACGUCUCUAAACAUGGAGAGAGAGAGACAGAGACCUCAAUGCAAUAUCCAAUAAUGACAGUGAUAUAAACAUUAGAGAUAUACCAUCAUUAAAGAAUAUUUUCCUUCCCUUGUGUCCAUUGCACAAGAUAGCAAAGUAGGCCUAUUUGAAAACUAUGAAUGCAUUUGAAAAGUAUUAAUGCAUUUGAAAAGUAUUAAUGCAUUUGAAAAGUAUUAAUGCAUUUGAAAAGUCUUAAUACAUUUGAAAAGUAUUUGGAAUGCUAUGUUUGAAAAGUAUUGACACAGUUUUGAAAGUUCUCAAAUGCAAAGCAAAAUACUCAUUGUGUGGUUACUUCCCUGAUACGGUGCCCAUUUGGUGUCCACUUUCUUCUCAUAUGAGCCAAGCUCAGUUCUAGUUAAAAAAUAAUUCAUAAUUCUGACUGCUAUGUGAAAGUGCAUUUUAGCGUAUUUAAAAAAAACUAUUUAGGAUUUGGCGAACAUUAUUUGAUUAUUUUAUAUUUGAGAAUAAUAUUCUUUCUGUGAUCUAGGCAGGCCUAAUCAUUCUACUUUUUUUUGGCUAUAAUUUUUACUAUUAAUACUUAUUAUUAUUAUUUACUGCUAUUUGUACCUCUGAAAUUAUGCUAAUAAUAUAACUAUAAUGACACUGGGUAAUUCACAUAAGAAGUGUUUGUGUUGCAAUUUUUUUGCGUUGCAAUAUCAAUGGCAUUGGUAACACAACAAGGGAGAGAGUGAGAGAGAAAUUAAAAUAGAAUUCAGAGAGCAGUGAGAGAGAGAGAGAGAGAGAGAGAGAGAGAGAGAGAGAGAGAGAGAGAGAGAGAGAGAGAGAGAGAGAGAGAGAGAGAGAGAGAGAGAGAGAGAGAGAGAGAGAGAGAGAGAUAUUACGCACACAAUGGCGACCGAAGAUAUGUUUCAAAACCUUUGGUUCCUUAUCCGGGGACUAGCUCUCACUCUGCCAUUGGGCCGUGGGGUCACGUGGUAAAACUAACUUUACAAGGGCUGCUCGCAAGUAGGAGGGCUAUAUGGAGCAGAAAAACGACAAAGCUAGAAAAAUAAAUUUCCACUGCAGAAAUUAAUGAUCAUGAGCUCGUAUUUGAUGGACUCUACCUACAUUGAUCCGAAAUUUCCUCCAUGCGAGGAAUAUUCACAAAACAGCUACAUCCCCGAGCACAGCCCCGAAUAUUACAGCCGCGCCAGGGACCCUAGCUCUGGUUACCAGCAUCACCAUCAGGAGUUAUACCCUCCGCGGGCGAGCUACCAAGAGCGCCAAUAUAAUUGUGCAAGCAUCCCUGAACCUGACACGCAAAGGGGACAUGGACUACCCCAUUCUGCGCACCUGCUUGCAGGGAAAGGGCAGCCAGCCUCAUGUGAGACCCCACAGUUACCCAUGUCCCCCAUCACUCCACCAGCUGCAUCCUCCGCCUGCAACCAAGCUACACCGGAGCAUCCAAACAGCUCAGCCUCCUCCAAGCAGCCCGUGGUAUACCCAUGGAUGAAGAAAAUUCACGUCAGCACCGCGAACCCGAAUUACAAUGGACCGGAUUCCAAGCGGUCUAGGACAGCUUACACUCGACAGCAGGUCUUAGAAUUGGAGAAGGAAUUCCACUAUAACCGCUAUUUAACUCGGCGGAGGCGCAUUGAGAUAGCCCAUACCUUGGUUCUCUCCGAACGACAAAUCAAGAUUUGGUUUCAGAACCGCAGGAUGAAGUGGAAAAAAGACCAUAGGCUUCCUAACACCAAAGUGAGAUCCUCCACCACGGGCAUAUCCUCCGGGUCCAACACCACCUCAUCAGCUGGUGUUGUCGCCACUUCCUCGGCCACUGGUAGCAUUACUCCCGAUGAACUGUCCGGAGUAGAGGAUGGCGAGGAUAUUACAAGGUUAUAAGGCGAAAAGAAACCACCUUUAAGAAGGGGGAUAGAGAAUGACUGAUUAUUUAUAGUAUAUUAUAUAUUUUGUUUUCGUAGGUAUUUGUGCGGUUUCAUUUAAGUCCAAAGUUAUAUAAAAUGCAUGUUAUAUCGCAUGGAUUUAUACGAAUACUGAUUAGUUAUUUUUACGUGACACAGGGUUUAAGUUAUUUAAUGCUGAAUCAAGAUUCUCUUUUUUACGAGACAUUUUUUUUGAAUGAAGGAAAUUAUUGUACAUUUAAUCAAAAUGUUAUUGUGAGCCAUUUGUUUGCCCGACCGCCCAAGAUGAAAUGCACAAUCUAUUUAUUUCAAGCUCAACACUGGAAGAAUGUCAUUAUUAGGCAAUCAUAGUUAUUUUUGGUAAAAAUGCUGGAACGUACCAAUGGAACAUUGAUCUUGAACGCAUAUGUUUAGGAUUAUAACAAGGUGAAUUAGCUCCUUGCUUUCAGAAACAGGAUUUUUAAUUACAAACUAGUUUGUGGUGUGUUUAGCAGAUUAUUGUGAAAUGCAAUACACAGAGUUUAGUGUAUUUGUUAUAAUCAUAUUGGUCAAUAAAACAGUGGGUGUACUAGUUU